AUGAGGGCACUCCUACGGAAAGCGACUGCGGUGUUGGGCUUUACAACGGCAGUGACGGGCCUCGAGAUAACAUUCGAUGACGAGAAGUCUGUCAAGAGUGCUGCUAGCACUGUCGCGUAUGGCUUGAUGAAAUACUACACGGGAAACAACACUGGCGAUGUACCCGGCAACCUGCCAGACCCUUACUACUGGUGGGAGGCGGGCGCCCUAUUCGGAACUAUGAUCGACUACUGGUGGCUCACGGGCGACUCGUCCUACAACGACAUCACCAAGCAAGCACUGGUCCAUCAAGCCGGUGAUACCAACGACUACAUGCCCGAGAACCAGACCUUGACCGAGGGAAACGAUGACCAGGGCUUCUGGGCUAUGGCCGUCAUGUCCGCCGCCGAGCACAAGUUCCCCGACCCUCCGGAUGACAAGCCCGGAUGGCUUGCCCUCACCCAGGCCGUCUUCAACGAAUACGUCAGCCGCUGGGACUCGAAGCACUGCUCCGGCGGCCUGCGAUGGCAGAUCUUUACCUUCAACACAGGCUACGACUACAAGAACUCCAUCUCCAACGGGUGCUUCUUCAACAUCGCCGCGAGACUGGCUCGCUACACCGGCAACGACACGUACGCCGAGUGGGCAGAGAAGAUCUGGGACUGGGAGGUCAAGGCCGGGCUCAUAACCGACGAGCUACAGGUGUUUGACGGCGUGACCAUCGGGGAAACGAACUGCAGCAGUACCGACACGAACCAGUGGACUUACAACGCCGGCAUCUACAUGCACGGCGCAGCUGUCCUGUACAACAUCACCGAGAGCGACACUUGGAAGAAGCGUGUCGACGGUAUCCUAACCAACAUCAACAAGAAAUUCGUCAAGAAUAAUAUUAUUUACGAGCAGUUCUGCGAGCCCAGCAAGCAGUGCAACCAGGAUCAGCAGAACUUCAAGGGGUUCCUCGCACGCUGGAUGGCCGCCACCACGCAGAUGGCGCCUCACACCUACGACUCGGUCGCCAAGCUUCUGCUAUCGAGCGCCAAGUCAGCAGUGGGAGUCUGCAACGGAUCACCAGCGACGGGUUACAGAGGCCCCGCCGGCACGGCGUGCGGCUUCUCAUGGCUCACAGGUACCUACGACGGCACGGUCGGCGUGGGUCCACAGAUGAGCGCCCUGUCCAUCUUCAUGUACACGCUCGUCGACAAAGUGAGCAGCCCAGUCACGAAGAAGACGGGAGGAACCUCAAAGGGCGACCCGAACGCUGGAGACACGACGACGGGAGACAGAGACGGCAAGAAGACGUAUAGCGCCAUCACCAUGACGGACAAGGCGGGGGCGGGAAUAAUAACGUUCCUCAUUGCAGCGGGUGUUAUCUGCGGUACUGCUUUUACCGUGAUUUAA